UCUGUGGCCUGCACCUGCAUGCCAGGGCCACGGGAUCGGAAUGUGAGUGUGUCCAGGCCCACCUCAACCGGAAGCAUCCAGAACAGAGACCCCAGCCAGACCCAGCAGGCUCCGGGGCUGCAGCUCAGGAGGUGUUGAGGCUCCAAAUCAGGCGGGGCCCGGCGCCCCCAGCCAUCCACCAUGGUGGUGGCACACCCCACCGCCGCCGCCACCACCACACCCGCUGCCACCGUCACGGCCACCGUCGUGAUGACCACGGCCACCAUGGACCUGCGGGACUGGCUUUUCCUCUGCUACGGGCUUAUCGCCUUCCUGACAGAGGUCAUCGACAGCACCACCUGUCCCUCGGUAUGCCGCUGUGACAACACCUUCAUCUACUGCAACGACCGGGGACUCACUUCCAUCCCCGCUGACAUCCCUGACGAUGCCACCACCCUCUACCUGCAGAACAACCGGAUCAACAACGCUGGCAUCCCCCAGGACCUCAAGACCAAGGUCCAUGUGCAGGUCAUCUACCUGUACGAGAACGACCUGGACGAGUUCCCGGUCAACCUGCCCCGCUCCCUGCGGGAGCUACACCUGCAGGACAACAACGUGCGCACCAUCGCCAGGGACUCGCUGGCCCGCAUCCCGCUGCUGGAGAAGCUGCACCUGGACGACAACUCCGUGUCCACUGUCAGCAUCGAGGAGGAUGCCUUUGCCGACAGCAAGCAGCUCAAGCUGCUCUUCCUGAGCCGGAACCACCUGAGCAGCAUCCCCUCGGGGCUGCCCCGCACGCUGGAGGAGCUGCGGCUGGACGACAACCGCAUCUCCACCAUCCCGCUGCACGCCUUCAAGGGCCUCAACAGCCUCCGGCGCCUGGUGCUCGACGGCAACCUGCUGGCCAACCAGCGCAUCGCCGACGACACGUUCAGCCGCCUGCAGAACCUCACCGAGCUCUCGCUGGUGCGCAACUCCCUGGCCGCCCCGCCCCUCAACCUGCCCAGCGCCCACCUGCAGAAGCUGUACCUGCAGGACAACGCCAUCAGCCACAUCCCCUACAACACGCUGGCCAAGAUGCGUGAACUGGAGCGCCUGGACCUGUCCAACAACAACCUCACCACGCUGCCCCGCGGUCUGUUCGACGACCUGGAGAACCUGGCCCAGCUCCUGCUGCGCAACAACCCCUGGUUCUGCGGCUGUAACCUCAUGUGGCUGCGCGACUGGGUGAAGGCGCGGGCGGCCGUGGUCAACGUGCGGGGCCUCAUGUGCCAGGGCCCCGAGAAGGUCCGGGGCAUGGCCAUCAAGGACAUCACCAGCGAGAUGGACGAGUGCUUCGAGACGGGCUCACAGGGAGGCGCGGCCGAUGCUGCUGCCAAGACCACGGCCAGCAACCACGCCUCCGCCACCACACCCCAGGGCUCACUCUUCACCCUCAAGGCCAAGAGGCCGGGGCUGCGCCUCCCCGACUCCAGCCUCGACUACCCCAUGGCCACGGGCGAUGGCGCCAAGACCCUGGUCAUCCACGUGAAGCCCCUGACGGCGGACUCCAUCCGCAUCACAUGGAAGGCCACGCUCCCUGCCUCCUCUUUCCGGCUCAGCUGGCUACGCCUGGGCCACAGCCCAGCCGUGGGCUCCAUCACGGAGACACUGGUGCAGGGGGACAAGACGGAGUACCUGCUGACGGCUCUGGAGCCCAAGUCCACCUAUAUCAUCUGCAUGGUCACCAUGGAGACCGGCAACACUUACGUGGCUGACGAGACGCCCGUGUGCGCCAAGGCCGAGACGGCAGACAGCUCCGGCCCCACCACUACGCUUAACCAGGAGCAGAACGCAGACCCCAUGGGGGGCCUGCCCCUGGCGGGCAUCAUCGGUGGUGCCGUGGCCCUCGUCUUCCUCUUCCUGGUCCUGGGGGCCAUCUGCUGGUACGUGCACCGGGCCGGUGAGCUGCUGACCCGGGACCGGGCGUACAAUCGGGGCAGCCGGAAAAAGGACGACUACAUGGAGUCCGGGACCAAGAAGGAUAACUCCAUCCUGGAAAUCCGAGGCCCCGGGCUGCAAAUGUUGCCCAUCAACCCUUACCGCGCCAAAGAGGAGUACGUGGUCCACACCAUCUUCCCCUCCAACGGCAGCAGCCUCUGUAAGGGCACGCACACCAUCGGUUAUGGCACCACACGGGGCUACCGGGACGGCGGCAUCCCCGACGUAGACUACACCUACACAUGAUACCAGCCGCACGGGCCGCCCCCCCGGCCUGGAGACAACGUGGCUCUGCCCAGCCUGCUGCCAUC